AUGGAUCUGUACUUCUUGAGUUCACCUCAAACACCUCGUCUGACGAAGAAAAGACUCACUGAAAAUGAUUCUGCCAAUAAACACGUACCGCCUCCUAUUGAACACACAUGUCAAGAAUCUCUGGUUUUUUCGUUUAAACCUCAAAGAAAAAGGAUGGACCAUAACAUCACCGCACACUUUAGUGAAAUAGAAACGUCUAAUCACCCAAUGAAAUCCAUUAUUUUUCCAGUGGAGGAUGGAACAAAAUCAGCUUUGACCAAAUCACUCGAAAAGUUCAAAAAAGAAGUCAACACAUUUUUGACAGAAUGCAUUGAAAAGAACAAAACAACUUCAUCUCAAGUUGACAGUUCUGCAGUAAAUGAUGAAGAACUGGAGAGUGAUGAGGAUGACAAUGAAAACAUGGCAUCCACAAGACCAAACAAGGUUCCUAAAUUAGUGUAAUGUAAUUGACAAAUUGAGUGUGUGUAUUUAUUCAGGAAUCUGGAAAAUAUACUUGUUCCUUUUUGCAUAUUA